UUCCUGUUUCAGUUGAAACUGCCCCUGCGUUCCGUUUGGAGGGUUUCAUCCUUAUGCCCUAAUCUCUUGGGAAUGGGAAACAAAAGUGGGAGCUUCGAAGGUUUGAAAGGUUUGUCACCACAUAGAAUAUCGCUGUGUGUUUCGAGGCACUUCAGUGGACCUUUCACCGUAGAACAGCGAAUGGGAGGCGGGGCAAAGGCGGAGCUGAACCGGCUGGGUUGGUGGGGCACGUAUGGACAGAUCACAUCCCUCCUUUCCCGUCUUUUGUAGUCAAGGAAGAAGAAAGAUGGCGCCUACACAUGUACUGAGAUGCUGCCAGAGGGGUCUGGCGUGGAUACCGGUGAUAUUUAUUGCCUUAGUGGUGUGCUGGUCGUAUUAUGCGUACGUGGUGGAGCUGUGUCUGUUUACUAUUCCCAGCAUUCUUGAAAAAGUUGUCUACCUGGCUGUGUUUCAUGUGUCGUUCAUCAUGUUUGUGUGGUCGUACUGGAAAACCAUCUUUACAAGACCAAGCACCCCUUCCAAAGAGUUCUGUCUACCCAAAUCUGAGAAAGAGCAGUAUGAGAAGGAACAGCGUCCAGAAACUCAGCAGGAGAUCUUGAAGAGAGUGGCCACCAGUCUGCCCCUCUACACCCGGACCGGGGCAGGAGCUAUCCGGUACUGUGAUCGCUGCCAGGUCAUCAAGCCAGACAGGUGUCAUCAUUGUUCUGCAUGUGACAUGUGUGUUCUAAAGAUGGAUCAUCACUGUCCAUGGGUGAAUAACUGUGUGGGGUUCUCCAACUACAAAUUCUUCAUCUUGUUCCUGACUUACUCGCUCGUUUACUGCUUAUUCAUUGCAGCCUCUGUCCUCCAGUACUUCAUAAAGUUCUGGACACUUUGCCGGAGGAAAUCGGCAGAGAAUUGUCCAAAGAGUGACCUGCCAGAGUCUCACGCCAAAUUCCAUGUCUUGUUUCUCUUUUUUGUGGCGGCCAUGUUCUGCAUCAGCAUUCUUUCACUCUUCACUUACCACUUGUGGCUUGUGGGAAAAAACAGGUCCACCAUAGAAGCGUUCAGAGCCCCGGUCUUCAGAAAUGGCCCUGAUAAAAAUGGAUUUUCCCUGGGCUUCAGCAAGAACAUUGCUCAAGUGUUUGGGGACCAGAAGCUGUACUGGCUACUUCCUGUCUUUACAAGUCAAGGAGAUGGCUUUUCUUUUCCUACACGGUUGGUUACUGUUGAUCCAGAGCAGCCCACUGAAUGUCUCCAGCCUGGCGGGUUGGAUAAAGGUGCUGUAGAAGGGUCUGCUGAGCAAACCACCCCCCUCAGUGAGUCCCAAAACCGUCUGUUAGGCAAGGAUUACCACAUUGAAGAAGAUCACAAAGAGACACACAUCUUAAAGUCUGAUGAAAGUGAGGCCAUCACUAUCUCCAUCGAGAGCGAGUCAUAGCCAGGACUGAAACUGGUGAGGGGUGAAUCCUCAGUGGUCUCGUGCCUUUGACUCCCAGUAUUGGGGACUGUUGAGGAGAAUCACAGCCAUCAAAGCUGAUGCCUUAAACAGCUCUUUUUCUCUGAACGUUCCUUUGCCCAUCGCUCCUGGAGUGUCCCAAAUCUGUCCUCACAUCUGUAAAAAUGCUCCCAGUCCUCAUUCAACUAUAGUAGCUGCACUCUUUUAACAAAGAGAUUUGCACGCAUGUCUUUUACAUCCAUUGUUUUUGCACAGCAAACUGUUUUGUUGCUCAGGCCUUCACGACACAUGCAGAUUUCUUGUGCAUGUGAAUUGAUACAGGCGCUAGAGGUUUCGAAACUGGUCUCCAAGUGUAAACCAGGAAAUGCACCACAUCUGGUACCAACUGCUGUUUACCAGAGGGAUAGAUGUGAAAUGUUUUAUUUUCUGGAUCCAUACCAAGUCAACAGUGUGACUUGAGAAUUGUGUUGAUGGCUCCAGAGUUAAUGGACAACUCCGAUCACAAGGUUCUGGAAUAUUAGACUUUAAUUUUUUUUUUUAAACUUCAUUAACAUUCUUCUAAUAUAUACAUAUAUAUAUAAAUAUAUAUAUAUAUAUAUAUAUAUACACAUACAUAUACACAUGUUCACAAAGUGCAACGGAGUGUGUCCAGGCAGAGGAAAAUUCCCUGCAAAUAACUGAAUUUCUUUCUUUUUUUGUCCAUUCUUAAGCUGCUCCACGUAUGGUGACCUUUAUUAUAUUUUUUGUCGUCAUCUUGAGAUGAUUCUGGUGUGAAAUGUUGUGCACAUUUUACAUAUGCCAAAUAAAGGGCUUAAUACCAGAGCUCUAAACUCUAAGGAGUGUUUACAAAAUGUCAGUAAUACCUCUCUGCUCAUGCAGUGUAGCCAGUGUCAUCUUGGGAAAAAAAAGAAUAGAAAUUAUUGUAGGUUCCUCCUGUAGUACCAGAACUGGCCAACAGGAGACAUUUACACUGCUUGAUAUUGUAUAAUGCGCUCAAUGGUCUUUGGUGUUGUACCACCAGACUUUAUUAGUCACAAUCCUCGAUUAAAUUAUGUUUUUGACCUUUUUCCUUUUAUACAUAAGCAUUGUGAAUAGAUCUAUAGAUUCAGAAUACUUAUUUUUAAGCCAUUUUGCAAAGCGGUGAAAGGUUCUUUUUGUGUAUUUAUAUUUGUCGCAAGUUACUAUUUGUAUAUUUUGGUCCAGUGUGGAAUAAUAAUUGUGCCCGUCAGCUGUGACUGUAGCGUGAGCUUAUGUGGAACUGAUGUGUGGAAUCCAGAUGUGAGUAAACUGCAGUGAUUGCUUUAUUUGUGUUCUGAUUUUUCUAAAGAAAUGCCUUGACAAGUCAAGACAUGUGCAAGUGCGUAUCUGAGUGUUGCUGUUCUGGAGUGUUUUUUGUAAAUGAGGGUGAAACAAGUAAAUUAGCCAUUAAAAAGAGCUGAAAUAUCUCCAUGCAGAAAACAAAGGAGUCUUUCAUGGAUUUAGAUCGAUGGAGGAGUUUUAUUUAUACACCUACAGCAUUUUAUGGCAAACUUCACCAUCUCAGAUCUGACUUUGAAUGGCUUGUACGUAUUACCAGAUGGGGUUUAUUGUUCUUUAAAACAUCAUUUGAUUGUUUAUGUGCUGAGAACAUCUGUUUAUCUGUUUAUCUCUUUUAUCAUCAGUGAGCAUCAGCACAGUUAGAAAGAUUGCUGGUGUUUAAAAAGAUUGCAGGAAGUAAUUUUAUAUGUGAAAUGUUGUAGCUGUUUUUGUGCUGUUAAGGAAUGCUGUAAUGGUAAAGAACGUUUUAAUGUUUUUCUUUUAGUCUUUUGGACAGCCUUCUUAUAUGAAUAUUAUAUAAAUUACACCACCUUUAUAACAUUGUUCAUAUUUUCUUUUUUUUCUUUUUUUUUCUUUUUUUUGGCAUUCAUUACAUUUUAUACUUUAUUAAUAAGGAAAAAGUAAACAUGAAGCCAUAAUGAAAUUAUUAUUUAAGAUAUGGUGUUGGUGUCCUUUGUCAUUUUCUUUUUUUUCUGUCAUAGUCAAAUAAAAAAUGGAAAACAUUGUGCUUCAAUGCAUGUUAUGAACAGUUACUUAUUUGAUCUACUGAUGUGCAAGUCUGGAGGUUAUUUUUUUAAUUUUUUUAUUACAUCUUUUAAAAUGCAUGUUACAGAUAAUGUAUAACAAGGAAUUUUUUUUAGCUUUAACAUGGAUAUUUUGUGAAUGAAGUACAUGCUUAUAUGUAAAAAAAAAUAAAUGUUUUUAUGUAAAUAAAAAAAACUGCAACAA